AUUAUGAUUUUCUCUAUCAAUUAAUUUUUACAAAAAUGGCGGAUACUGAUCUUGUUGGAAGAAAGCUUGCCAUAGCUGUCUUAGAAAGAAUGCCUCCCAACUACAUUGAGGCAUUGAUUCAGAGCAAGGCCCCUGAAUGGAAAGGUAGACAUUUGCUUCCGGCACAGCACAAAAUUAUUUUAAGAAGAAGGAGCAAUUUACCGCCUCUCUACAGAGACGCUCAGGCCUGGCCAUCCACUACUCAGUCCCUCACAAAACAACUCAGACACUGGAGAGCCAGAACAAUGGCCCACAUGCAGGUCAUGGAAGAUGAUUUUUCAGCUGGAUACACCCUCUUUACUGAGGAUAGUAUUCAAAAAAUUUAUCUUGAUCCUGAUGUGUUUAUUCAGAGUCAGAGUCAAAGAGAGAUUUCCUUCUCACCUCAGACAAGCUACACUCAACUGCUAGAUAUUUACUCUGAGGAAUAUAAAAAUGGUGAAGAUCAAUACGAAUAUCGAGUCGCUGGAGUCGAUGACGACCUUCCCAAUGACGAGCCAGACGAGCUAGAAGAUAUCAACUUUUACAAUGAUCUUGACUCAGUUGGGUGGGAAAAUCUCAAGAACCAAAUGGAGCUAUUUGUUAAGAUUGCAGUAGAAAUCUUCUUGUUUAUUUUCUUCUAGUGUCAAACUACUUUUACUUAUCAGUGUUAAAAGUCAUAUAGUUUGCUAAAAGUCAACAUUUUGUAAAUUGCCACCUUUUCCCAUCUACAUAAUUAAUCUUCUUUGUAAGAAAUUGCUUGGUCAAAAUUAGUUACUAUUUGGUCAACAUUUGCUGACUAUUUUGUCUUUUGUUAAUAUUUGGCUUCCUUUUGUAUACUUAUCUGUUUUGUCUAUCUUUCGUCAAAAUAAUAACUGUUGAUAUUAUUA